UGUACACAACGCCCAACAUAAACAAUUGUGAAUGCAACAAUGUAGUGAAAAAAAUAUUAAAAACAAGAAAAGUAAAAAGAAAACCAAUUUUAAAAUGGCAAACGAACGAUUUGAUUAUUUAGAUGCCGUUGAAGGGAAUACAAUGUUUGAAUUAACAGAAAUAACACAAAAGUAUACACUGGAAGAAACAACAAAAUUACCAAAUGGUAACGCAAUAAUACAUCGUGAUCGUUUAAAUGAUAAAUUACCUGAUCCACCAUCGCGCGUUGAGAAUUCAGGACGCAAACGUCUUUUAACAAUGUUAUUCAUUUUAUUAAUAUUUGGUUUAAUGUCAGGACUAGCGGUACCGUUAGGUUUACAAUUACGCUCUUCAUCUUUGUUAGAAGCGCGUUUAGCAUUUGUACGACGUAUUUUAUUUGAAGCACCUUUAAUUCAAGGCGCUGGAGGUAAUGCAAGUUCACUUGCAGCCGCUCGAUUAGCAACGGUUACUGUACCAUGUGGGGCACAAUAUUUAGAUGCUGUACAAUUAGUUUUAGAAGAAUUAGAUGUCGUACAACGAGCCGACGAGCAAGUUCUUUUGUCUAGUAGUGAAUUAAUACCAGGAGAACCCGCUGUAUUUUUAGGUGUAUUGGGUGGACAUGCAAUAGGUGAUAGUUUAGGUGUUUUACGUAGUUUACAUUCGUUAGGCGUUCGAUUUUUAGCACCCAUGUAUGGUUGUAAUACAGCUUGGGCUAACGGGCAAAUUGCACCGAGUUUAAGUGAAUUUGGUGAAUUUAUGAUACGGGAAAUGAAUCGACUUGGAAUAAUUAUUGACUUAACAGGUGCUGAUGAACAGACAGCUUUAGACAUUUUGGAAACAUCGAACACACCAGUAAUUUUCAGUGAAGCAGGUGUUGCUGCCUUAUGUAAUAGUUCAAUCAGUGUAUCAGAUUUGGUAUUAUCCCGUUUGGCAAGUAACGGUGGUGUAGUUUUAAUAGCUUUGGAACAAUGUGGUGAAACCGAUGUCGAUAAAAUUAUUGCACACAUUGAUCGUAUCCGUGCAAUAUCAGGGCUAGCACAUGUGGGAUUAGCUGCUGGUGGGGAUCCUGCAAUGUUAUUGGCUGAAUUAGUACGAGAUCGCCAUUGGGGUACAGCUGCCGUUAAACAAUUAGUCGGCGGUAACAUGUUACGUGUAAUGUUAGAAGUGGAAGCACAUGCUAAACCGUAUUCAACACCUUAUGAAGAUUGGGUGCCGUUAGAUGAAUUGGAUGGGAAUACAUAUUGCAGAUAUCCAGGAAUAUAAUAUGAAAUUUUAAGUUUAAAUUUUGGAUAUCUUCUUCCUCACUAAAAUAUUUAUGUGGAAUAUUAUAGAAACUCUCAGCAUUCCACUGUUUACAAAAUUUGUUAAAGACUUAGACCGAAAUAAUUAUA